GCACAGCUAAGGAAAAGGGGGAAAAAAUGGCAGACUGCAUUGUUUGUCAGUGAAAUGGUCGUUCGACCCCAAAUGGGGUCCCGACCCACAGGUUGAGAACCACUGCUCUAGGCUUCCAAAAUCGGAAUGGAAUUGCAGUUGCGGGUUGCCUCCGUAGGUCAUUAUGCAGAAAGCGAUCUCCUUUCUUGUCCCAGACUCAAGGAAAUCAGGACAAGGAAUAGGAAUUUUGGAAUACUGCACAAAUGGAUUCCAAUUUUUCAGAACUGCAAAAAGGGAAAGAGGGCUGCAAAGAAAAAAAAAAUCCACCAAAUCUCAUUGCUUAGAAUUGAGUUUAUAAAAUGUAAUAGCAUCUAGGAGCUACAGUCUCCACCUUUUGAUGCAGUUUGGAGUUGUUGACUUCUUCCGCUGCCUUCCAUCUCUGUCUUAUUCUUUUUCUUGUAACGAUAUCUUCUAGUCGUAAUUUUCGUUUCUCUCUUUUUUUCAAAUUCUCACUGAUGCCAAGAAAAAGUAGUAAACAGUCUCAGGGCCAGAUAAAUGUUUAGCAGACUGCAGGAAUCUUGGCAUUCUAUAGCUGAAUUUCAGUACAACUACUUGGAAACCGACAAAUCAUGGUCACAAGAGGCUUGCAAAGCCUGCAUGUUGCAGCCAUGAUGCACGGCUUAAUAAUGCUGGUUAUGACAGAUCCGUCUUUUGAUUCAGUUCUGCUACCUUCUCUACGCUGAGCCGUCUGUUUCGUGUUCCAUAACAAGUCAAGUUCAGCAGUUCAGAAGAAAAUGGGGGGAGGGGAGGGGGGGAAUGAGCUGCUGUCUCCAAAUCUGGAGGUGGUAUUACAAAAAAGUUCAUCACCAGAUUGAGUAGCACAGCUACCCCUCUGAUUAUAUUUUCUGCACAAAUAGGGAGUCUAACAGACUUCAGCAUUAGUCUUCAGUGUUCUUUUUUUUCCUAAGCGAAUUGCCAAUGUCAGAAUUAAUUGUACGAAUAGAAUAUGAGGGGGUUGCAGCGAUGCAAGCAUAAUGCUCUGAUUCUUACUGGGUGGAUAGGAGAUUUUUUGAAAGGACCCAAAGGUGCAGUUUGGGAAAGUUUUAUUCCUUCAAACAAAACAUAGGCAACAUUCUCCUCUCUGAGUCACUUUCAGGUAUAGUUCCAUGGUGAGAGUUAGGGCACCGAGUGCUGCCAGAAUAGAAGCAUGAGCAUUUUUUUUUUUUAUUCUAUUGGUCUUUUGAAUGUUGACUGUGCAGCCCAACUUUGCUGCACCGGUGUGUGUGUGUGUGUGUGUGUGUAUACGCAUGUGUGAGAGAAGGGGAGGGGUGUUUUAUAUGGAGUACAUGUUUCUUGAGGAAAAUUUCACACGAUAGUGUGGAUUUGUCCUUAAUUGUGUAAUCUGAGCAGCUCUUGGUACAUUCGGCAUAUUUAGUCAUUUGAGCCCAAGAGGUUGUGGAAGAAUUUUUAAGCUCAUAGAAACAGCACCUUGCUUGGCCUAUUCUGCAUUUCUUUGCAGUGAUGAAAUGCAAAAUGGUUUUUCCAAAGUUUGCCACCGAAGGGGUUAACCACACAGCUUUCUUUUCUGUUGCUACCCAAAGUGUUUUGAUGGGUGUUUCUUCUUCCUAGCAGCUUAGAACACCCUUAUUUUUCAGCCACUCAGUUCAACAUUAGUAUGCUAGAUUAAAAAAAAAAAUACUAGAAAUAUAUAUUCCUUUCCCAACAUUUUCACCCCUUUGCUUAUACUACUGAAUUUUUGUUUCCUGCUUUGUCCUGUACAUGAAAGCAAAAUGCUAAAAAGAAUUUCACUUUUAAAGUACAUUAUACUUGUUUGCGUCUUGUGGGUUUUUUUGUUUUUUGGCCCAAAAGAAGAGCUAAGUUCGUCUGUCCUUAUACUGGAAGAUCUGUGGGACACCCAUACAACUCAUGCAAUUGGGAUACUAAAUAAUUUUCAUAUUGCUGUACUUUGCCAACUCUUUAGCAAUUCCGUUUUACCCCAAAGAGGCAAAAUAAUGUGCCUUUUGAGAGAGAGUUUUGUCCUUCCUGCUAUUUCAUAGGUCUACUUUACUCAACACUUAAAAGCCAUUUCAAGUGAUAGCAGCAUGUGGAUUAGUGUUUUUCACCCUCAGCAAUGUUUAAGAUGCGUGGACUUCUAUUCCCAGCUGGCUGGAGAAUUCUGGGAUUUGAAGUCCACACCUCCUGCCCGGUUGAGAAAGACUGACUUGGUCCUAACUGGUAGAUCAUAUCAUAACUGACCACACUUUUCUUCUCCAAAGACCUUUCCAAUGGAAUCCACCUGAUCUCUCCAAAGGGACAGUGACCGGCACACAUUUCUUAAACUCUUUCCUUUUGUUUUUUUUUAAACAUGCUCUUCAUGAUGCUAGGACACUGCAUGCAACCUGGCUCUCCUUCCUGGCGCCCCCUCUUUGCAAGACUAACAAUUGCUUAUCUUUGCUCAGAGGUAAAGGCGGACGUGUAGACAUGGGAACCCAGGGCGGGCCUUCCUAGCCAAUAUCAGGGCAUGGAGGAAGGUGAGGGAGGUGGCGACGCCCAAGUCCCACCUGUCCGCCUCUGGGUCCGACGGAUGGGUGUCUACUGCGAUGAGACCCAAGCAACAUGGCUUGUGGCACCAGAAGAGGAAGGAGGGACGCUGAAAGCCCGGAUCAGAAGAAUCCCCGUCCCCCUGGGUGAAGCCGUGCGCCCCAGCCGCCUUCCUGCUUCUCGGCUGCCCCACAUGUGGCAGCUCUCAGAGGGGCUGCAGUACCGGGAUAGUAACUCUCGCAUCUGGGGCAUUGAACAUCACCUCAUGAUCAUGGGAGUGGAAGAGCUGCUGUUGAGACUCCUGACAAGCAAUUAGAUCUGGAGCUGCAACUGUAGGAUGGUGUCCUGUUUGUUUUUUAUGUGUUACCUCCUAGCACUCGACAUGCCGCUGCCCCUGAGGCAGACCAUGGCGUGCAACUCUCUUAACCGCCCAGAGCAGCAUCACUCAACAGCUUAGGACAGGCAGUCAACAAGAGUCCCAUGGGCCACUUGAAAGCAGAGGGGCAG